CCAAUUACAAGCCACAACCCUAUUCACACAUAAAUCCACAUUGCGACAAUUGUCGCUCGAGGCUUCGGCCGCGAGCUUGUGCUGUGCACAGUCGAAAAUUGGGUGGCGAUGCUGGUUGCGAUGGUGUGCUGGUGGUUUGGAUUUGCGUCGUCUUCUACAGGUUGCGAGGAUUGCUAGAUUGUUGUUCAAGGCUUCGGAACCGCUUGCAGUCGACAAGAUUGUGGGAGCUUUUAGCGUGCAAGAGUAGUUUUGGAAUUAGGGUUGUGUGGGGAAUGCAGGGUAGGGGUUGAAUAAGGAGAGUGGAGUGAUGUGGCGAUGGAGAGCGAGGGGGAGUUUCUCGCGGAUGCUCCACAAUGGACCUGACACGUUGGAGGAGCUGGUGGAGCGUCAUGUUGUCAAGGGAGGGAAAAACGUUUCUAGCGCUGGGUUGACGACGUCACGACGUGAAGCACUAGCGCUGUAUCGCGAGAUUCUGCGCACCACGCGACUCUUCACGUGGACGAAUGAACAUGGCGUGCCCUGGAGAGAUCUCCUGCGGGACAGUACACGGCUGGAAUUUGAGCAAGCGAGAUAUGAGACGGAUCCUGAAGUUAUAGCCAGGUUGCUUGUUGUGGGAAGGGACGCAGUUCAAGCUGCCAUUGAGAAGUUUUCUGUGAAAGCAGAGGAGUUGAUCAAGAAAGAAACUGCACCAAAUUCGAAUCCGCGCCCAGAUAGGUGGGAUUAGUUAGUUUACAUCAAAACGUGAAUGAUCUUGUGCAUAAUAGGGAAAUUUCAUGUAAGACACUCGGCAUAUUGUCUUUGUCUUUGUCUAUUGUAUUGAUGUGCUCGGUGUUUGAUCUUCCGAAUAUGAAGUCAUUUUUUCAGAAGAUUCGUUGAUUUAGCGAAGAGUGCAUGAAUUUCAUUUGGUACUGAAUGAAAACAUGUUGAAAGUUUAUCCAUCUCGCAUGAAUUUCGGCGA